AUGAGAUAUGACGCACUUGUAAUGUAUUGCACUCGGCCAAAUAUCAAGAAUGAGACCUUCUGCAACACUCUGAUAACCUCUACUAUUCUCGACACAACUACCACAACCACAACCACUACAACUACGACCACCACCGCAAAUCCUCUCAUGAAAACCCAGUAUGUUAUCAGUUAUGGAACAAUCGGAGCAGUCAUUGUCAUCCUACUUGUCUCUGUUCUCAUCUGUUAUUUGUGUAAUCGUAAAAGUGAGAAGAAACGGAAAGAAGAGGAGCAGUGGAAUAUUCCUGGAUGGUCGAGUACUUCAACAGAUGGAUCGAAGAAGAGUGAUGUGGAGAGUGGAUCAUGGGGUUACGGUAGUUUUGGAGCGGAUGGAGAAGGGAAGAAGAAAAAAAAGGAAAAGAAGGAGAAGAAGGCGAAGACAACGAAAUCGAAGACAACUGGUACUGGUGAAACUAGUGGGACUGCUAGUUCUAAGACUUGA